GGUAAGAUCAUUAACAAUAUUAGCAUUUGCCCAGAAGACUGUUUGUUAUAAUUAGAUGCCAAGGUACUGACACUGGUAUGACAAGACAUGUUGAUACACAAAAGAGUUCAAACUUGCUGACCAAAGUGUUAAAUAUUUCUGUUCUUCUAUACAUCAGUAUUUCAUUUUUUUCAAACAAACAAGAAGUGAUGGGUUUGUGUUAACAGUCUGAUACUGUUCAUAAGGGGGCAAACAGGGUACUAAGACAUUACACAUGUAAUGAAUAUGGUUUUAUUAUAAUUUCAUGCAAGAUAGUUAAAGUGAAAUCUUACAUGAUGAUCACUAUGUUGAAUCUGGGAAUCAUCAAGCUUCAGCUGAGGCAUUUCAUUUGGGGGACACUUGUGCUGACUUCAUUGCUGCUCCUUUGCAUCCCUCUUGUUUGAGUGGCACAGUCAGAAAAAAUUGGUAAAUCAAAAUGUUCUCCUCCAACGCUAGAUGGCUCAGAUGUAGCUGCUGUCAUCCCUCUGGUGGGUGGCUGACCAGUUGCAAGAUACAGAGCAUCUGAUGGUAGUAAAAGGAGUUGUAUACUCUGUAUUCUUCAGUACAUCGUGUAUUUAAACCAUAGAUGUAAUUAUAUUAAAGUGUCCGUGUUAGCAGCCCCGCUACCACAAGCGCCCCCCGUCAGCUGUUUGCACGGACAUUGCACUUUAGAAUGUAAAUUCAUUAACUCAGCAUGUACCGAACCAUAUUCUCAUGUAAAAAAAACACAUUUUGUAAAACAUGACAAAUUAAAUCACUGCCCCUGCAUACUGAACAAAUAUUACAUCCUGUGUUCUGCCUUCAAUGUUGAAAUAAUUGUUAAGACAACUUUAAGGUUUGUUUUAGUGUUUUAAUAAAUCUGUGUAGCCAUUUUAUUUUGAAAUAAACGGUAAAACAGGAAGUGAGGCAACAGGAAGUAGGAAGUUGCAGAGCAGAGAAUAACAAACGGCUUAAACGGAGCAGUGUAAAAAGAAAACACACAAUCUAACUCCAUCCAGCGUCUGAAUCCCUCAGAAAAGCAAUGGCUUUUUCACUCUGAUUCAACGUUGCCAUGUUUGUACAAAAUAAAAGGAGCAAGUACGCUCACAUUCCUGGCUCUUGAAAAGGAGUUUGGCUUGCUGUUAAUUCAUGUUAACACUUUUGGGAAGUACAACACAUGAAGAGAACAGUACAGUGAAAAAAGCCAUACUGUAAAAGAGAUUCAUCAGCGGAAAUGAUGGAAGACCAUUCAUCGGGGAAAGAUGAAAGCGGGUCAUCUGUGUCAAGAUCUUCGUCAGUGUCCAGCGCUGCUGCUAGAGCGAGAGCCACGGCUGAAGCUGCACGCGCCAGAGUAACAUUUUCACAAAAAGAGCUAGAAUUGAAAAAACUAAGCGCCAAACUAGAUUUGGAAAAAGCUACACUAGAAGCAGACUUGGAAGCAUUGGAACUUGAAAAAGCAGCUGCAGCUGCGAAUGCAGAGGCAGAAGUUUUAGAAGCUGCUGCAGGGAGAGCAUGUGAGGAUGUUCAAAGUGCUAGAAGCGGCAUCUCACCACAGACAAUCAGACAGCAAACAGAGGCGUAUCUACAACAUCAGGCUCAGGAAAAUAUCGACAACACCAAACAACCUGACACAUCACUACCCCUCACACUCAAAGACGAGCCCACAAAGCCAAGGCAGACUCAGUGGACUGAGUACUUGACAGCAUCAGGGAAGCAGAGAUGUAUGCAAGAGCAUCCCAUCACACAUCCUCUCUCCUCCAACAAGGCCAAUCAGCGGCAGGACUCCUCAUCAGUCAGGCACGUGAGUCACCCGUCCUAUCUUCAAAAAAACAACAUGCACGACCCUACUAUUACUCCAUCUGCUAACAUGGUAGACUUUGCCAAGUAUCUAGCCCGCAGAGAGUUAGUAACCACGGGGCUCAAUAAAUUUGAUGAUCGCCCUGAGAGCUUCAGAGCAUGGCAGUCGUCAUUUUUAAAUGCUACUCAAGGCUUAGAGCUAACAGCCAGUGAAGAGUUAGAUCUGUUGGUAAAAUGGCUUGGAAAAGAAUCUUCGGAACACAUUAGGAGAAUUCGAGCCGUCCACAUUACCAACCCGCAAGCCGCACUUCAGUUGUGUUGGUCGAGGCUUCAAGAGUGCUAUGCAGCCCCUGAAGUGAUCGAGGAUGCACUAUUCAAGCGGCUAGAUAGAUUUCCUCACCUCUCAUCAAAGGAAAACAUCAAACUAAGAGAACUUAGUGAUUUACUGAUGGAGCUUCUUUCUGCCAAAGAGGAUGGUUACUUACCUGGUCUUAGUUACCUUGACUCACCGCGUGGGAUAAAAACAAUUGUGGAAAAGUUGCCCCCCAACCUACAAGAAAAAUGGCUUUCUGCUGGAUCAAACUACAAAGAAAACUACGGUGUUUGCUUUCCACCAUUCACUUUCUUUACUGACUUCGUACACAAACAAGCCAAGGCUAGAAACGAUCCAAGCUUUGCCUUAACAGAGAGCAGCCGCACUCAAUACCGCAGUGAAAGACUGAUUGCUAGGCAAGAUGGUAUGAAGGCUGCUAUAUCUGUCCAUAAGACUGACGUGUCCACUACAUCAGAGCCAAGCUCAAGGUAUAGAGCUCCUACAACAAAAAAUGUCAAUGUCAAUUAUGAUGAAGCUAACUACUGCCCCCUUCACAAUAAGCCUCACCCGCUAGAGAAAUGCAGAACCUUUAAAAUGAAACCACUAGCAGAACGCAAAGAUGUACUAAGGGAACACAGGCGAUGCUUCAGGUGCUGCUCUCCAACUCACAUGGCCAGGGAAUGCACAGUGGAGCUUAACUGCAAUGAGUGUCAGAGUAACCGACACGUCACAGCCAUGCAUCCGGAAACCACGUUCUCACUAGCAAUGUCUACUAGAGUAGAGUCGGACGUCGAGCAGCAAAGCAGGGAACCUCCCGAAGUGACGUCAAAAUGCACCGAGGUCUGUGGAGAAGGCCCUCAUGCACGUUCUUGUGCGAAGAUAAGUUUGGUACGUGUUUUUCCAAAAGGGCAACGAGAGCACUCAGUCAAGAUGUAUGCCAUCCUUGACGACCAGAGCAACCGUUCGCUGGCCAGAUCUGAGUUUUUCCAGCAUUUUGGCAUCCAGGGCGGACUUUCUCCGUACUUAAUGAGAACUUGUGCAGGAACCACUGAGAUGGUUGGAAGAAAAGCAGCCGGUUUCCAGGUAGAGGCAAUGAACGGAGAAGUUUGUUUUGACUUACCGCCUCUCAUUGAAUGUAAUGAGAUCAUGAGCAACAGAACAGAAAUUCCCACACCAGAGGUUGCUCUUUUCCAUCCCCACUUGAAAUCUGUGGCGCCGCACAUUCCCCAGCUUGAUUCUGAAGCACAGAUCCUGAUAUUAUUGGGAAGAGACCUUAUUUGUGCCCACAAGGUUCGGGACCAAAUCAACGGGCCCCACAACGCACCCUUCGCCCAGCGUUUGGAUUUGGGGUGGGUGAUAGUAGGUGAAGUUUGCAUUGAAAGUGUCCAUAAGCCCACGGUAGCUGUCUUUAAAACUAAUGUCCUGCAGAACGGACGUCCAUCUUUUCUGACAUCAUGUGAGAAUUACAUCCGUGUCAAAGAAAAACUUAGUCACGGCGGGGAGCAGAUCCUGCCCCCUGAAGACAAACUUGGAAUGGGUGUGUUCAUUAACACAAAAAAUGAUAACAAACCUGCCUUGUCCUUUGAAGAUGAAAUAUUCCUGGAAACCAUGCAGAAAGAGUUUCACAGAGACAACCAAAACAGCUGGGUUGCACCACUGCCAUUCAAGUCACCUAGAGCCUGA